UUCACCCUGAUCAAGCUCUUGAAUUUUGUCCUCCAGUGCUAUCGCAGCUCAACUCAAUUUUCAGGCGAUGUGGCACUACAAGUCAUCGAAAUUCACGUUUAUAACCUCUCCACAUCAUCAACAGUCUUCACUGAAUAACUCCAGUGAACAGCUUCACAUGUAUUCAUUCUCUCUGUGAUAAAAAAAACUCCACCUACUACCAAAAAAUAUCAAAAGUGUCACGCUAGAGUGAACCAAUCAAAUUGUCAAAACCUCGAAGAUAUGUUUGUGAUCAAUACCACAAGAUGAAUGUAUUAAUAAACAUAUUUGGUGUUUUAUAUUUUUUGAGCAUUUGUAAUUUAUCGUCUGCCUGGGAUAACGAGGAGUUGGAGGUCUUCGAUGUCGUCGAGGAGAUCAAUCAAAAUUUUUAUGAACUCCUCGGAGUGCCGCAGGAUGCAAAUGGCACGACAAUUAGAAAAGCAUUCCGUCAAUUAUCUUUACAACUUCAUCCAGAUAAGAACGAUGCAGCGGAUGCAGAUGUUAAGUUUAGAAAUCUCGUGUCUGUCUACGAAGUUUUGAAGGAUCCAAACCGCAGAAAACACUACGACAAUGUGCUCAUCAACGGUCUUCCCAACUGGAGAUCCGCAGUAUACUACUACCGUCAUGUACGGAAGAUGGGAUUGCUGGAGAUGAGUGUGAUCCUUUUCAGCAUCAUCACAAUUGGCCAAUAUCUCGUGGCUUGGGCUGCGUACUUUGAAAAACGCUACACAUACGAACAAGUAUUAGGUAGUAAACUCCAAAAGCUCCAAAAGAAAAAUAAAAAAGGGAAGAUGGAGGUCCCAGACUUGGCAGAUAUUCUGCAGAAAAUUCCAACACCUAGUGUUUACAACACUUUACCCUUCCAAUUACCCUGUUGGACAUUUUAUUCCAUAGUUGGAAUUCCCUCGACGAUACGAGCGAUCAGAGACAUGAUUGAGGAGAGAAAACGCAGAAAAAAAGAGGAAGAAGAGGCUGCCCUAGCUGAGGAGGAGGAGUCUGAACCUGAACCAGUCCCCAGAGGUCCCAGAAGACGGAGACAAGGGUUUACACCUCAAGAGCACAGUGGAAAUUCAGCAGAAUCCGUUAAGAGAGAAUCCACGCGGCCAAAUCAUGUACACGAGAAAUCGAAAAUUGUUGGGGGUCUCUGGACUGAUGAUGAUCUUCUUGAGUUGAUAAAACUUGUCAAGAAGUUUCCUGGAGGGACUCCAGACAGAUGGGAGAAAAUCGCUGAUACGAUGAAUAGGACUGUUUAUGAAGUGACGCACAUGGCGAAGAAGGUGAAGGACGAGGGGCUUAAACCUAGUCAGUGUACUGAUGAGCCUCCAGUUGAUCCGCAGCCAAAGAAAGUGAAGACACGAGCGGAGAGUAUUGAGGGGACUGAAUGGAGCCAGGAACAGCAGAAGGCACUGGAGUCUGCUUUGCUGAAACAUCCGAAAGGAGCUGUAGGAGAUAGAUGGGAGAAAAUUUCUGCCUGUGUCGAGGGAAAAACAAAGGAGGAGUGCCAACUAAGAUAUCGACAAUUAGUAGAACUCGUAAAAAAGAAGUCGCAACCCCAGGAACAGCCCCAAUGAAUCUCCAAAUAUCUCCGUAUGUAAAAAGCAGCAGACUCUUAUCACCAUCAGCUUACUAAGACAGUAUCACUACUCCCAGGACCAAAAAAACUCUGUAAUGACUUCAUCUCUAAUUGAAAGCCCAUUCAAUUCAAAAGCACUAAUGAAUCAACAAAUCUUCCUACACUCAAAAAGCCCAAAAAUUCUUCAGGUGUAAAUAAAAACCCAAAAUUUUCAUUGACAAAAAAAAACAAGAUGAGAAUUUAUUGUAAUUUUGUUAUGAAUAAUUGUCUUGAAUGUAUUUAUUUAAUAAAUUUAUUGAUCGA